AUGAACAGAGUUUCCAACGUUCUUGGUUUGACAAAUAUCCUUACUGGUUUGACUAUAGUGUUGAGAAUGAUGAUGCAUAUUGUUUAUGUUAUUAUCUUUUCAAACCAGAUAAAGGUGAGCAAAGUGGCUGUGAUUCUUUUGUUCAUGAUGGGUUUCGCAAUUGGAAAAGACUUGAAAAUUUUAAAUAUCACAUUGGAGCGAGAAGAUUAUCGUAUUCAGUUGAAAGGAUCAAUUUCUGCUAGUUGGCUUCUUCUUCGGCAAGGAUUGCCUUUUCGUGGCCAUGAUGAGUCUGAUAAUUCAAUGAAUCGGGGAAACUUUCUUGAACUUUUACACUAUACAGUUGAGGAAAAUGAAGAAUAUAGAUUAGUAGCAUUGGAGAAUGCUCCUGGACAUGAUAAAUUGAUUGCUCCUAGUAUCCAAAAAGACAUAAUCAAUGCAUUUGCAGUUGAAACCAUCAACAAACUAAUUAGUGAUCUUAGAGAUGCUUUUUUUUCUAUAUUAGUUGAUGAAGCUCGUGAUGGAUCCAACAAAGAGCAGAUGGUAAUUAUCUUACGUUAUGUAAAUAAAAGAGGAUGUGUUGUUGAGUGUCUAUUGAGCAUUAUGCAUGUCACAGAUACGACUGCUUUGUCACUAAAGAUGGGAAUCGAAACAUUGUUCUCUAAAUACAAUUUGAGAAUAUCAAGAUUACGUGGACAAGGUUAUGAUGGUGCAAGUAAUAUGCAAGUUUCUUGUGUGAUAAAUAUUGUUGGAUGGCCACCUAGACGUCGGGAUCUUCUUAAUGAGAAACAAGCUUUGAAGGUGAAAAAAGCUAUUGAAAGUGGUGAGCUUUCAAUAGCGCAAGGCCUUAAUCAAGAUACUAGUCUUAAGCGGCCAGGGGAAACACGGUGGGGUUCAUAUUAUGGGACUUUAUUGAGCUUGAUUAAUUUGUUUUCAUUUGUUAUUGAAGUGCUUGAGGAUCUUACUGAAAAUUCUGAUAAUAGAGUUGAAGCAAGUGAUUUGGUAGAUUAUAUGACUUCUUUUGAUUUUGCUUUUAACCUGCACAUGAUGAAAAACAUUUUGGGAAUCACAUUUGAACUUUCACAAGCACUGCAAAGGAAGGAUCAAGAUAUUAUAAAUGCUAUGUCUUUGGUUCACUUGUCGAAAAGAAGAUUAUAG